AGUCGCUCUGAACCAAACAUGUAGUUUCAUUGUUUCUUGAGGAAACGCGAGUAUGGUGUUGGUGGCGACACCAAGCCUACCUCAUCAUCUCUUUACCAUCAACAACAACGGACAGGCAUGUCCAAAUCUGCUCCUCGCCGUGAAGGACUGCACAAGUAUGUCCCAACUUAAACAAAUUCACGCUCGAACCCUACGAACGACAUCAGGCCAUCAUCCCGACGAUACCCUCUUUUUAUGCAGUCGAAUUUUGCAUUUUUCCGCCUUUAAUGAUCUCGACUACUCAUCUCGUCUAUUUGACCAAAUUGAGAACCCCAAUUCGUUCAUAUGGAACACCAUAAUCAGAGGUUACGCCUGGAGCGUCCACUUCAAGGUUCAAUCUCUCGUUCUCUAUCGGAGAAUGUUAAUCGAUGGUCGUGUUGCUCCAGACAAGCAUACCUUUCCUUUUGUUCUCAAGGCCUGCGCUUUCUUAUUCGCCAUGUCCGAAGGUGAACAGAUUCAUGCACAUAUUUUGAAACUUGGACUAGAUUCAGAUAGGUAUGUGAAUAACAGCCUCAUUCAUUUUUACGCUACCUGCGGAUGUUUGGAUCUAGCGUGGAAGGUGUUUGAGAGAAUGUCUGACAGAAGUUUGGUCUCGUGGAAUGUUAUGAUAGACGGGUAUGCCCAAUCUGGAAAGUAUAUCUCUGCAUUAGAGCUUUUCAUUGAAGCUCAGAAAUUGUUCCAACCGGAUGGGUUUACCCUGCAGAGCAUUAUAUGUGCUUGUGCCGGCCUGGGGGAUCUCUAUUUAGGGAUGUGGGUUCAUGCGUAUGUCCUCAGGAAGUGCAAUGCCGAAUUAAUUAAUGAUGUUUUAAUGAACAACUCACUAUUGGAUAUGUACUGCAAAUGUGGAUCGUUACAUAUGGCUCGCCAAAUCUUCGAGACAAUGCCAAAACGAGAUGUAACUUGUUGGAAUUCCAUGAUUCUAGGAUUUGCUAUGCAUGGACAGGUUGAGGAGGCUCUAGAGGCUUUUGCCCGCAUGUGUGGAGCUGAUGAUAAGUGUAUGCCCAAUUCCAUCACCUUUGUUGGUGUUCUGAGUGCAUGUAAUCAUGGAGGUCUUGUUAAUGAGGGACUUAGAUACUUUGAUUUGAUGGUCACAGAGUACAAAAUAGAAGCUCAACUAGAGCACUACGGUUGCAUGGUUGAUCUCCUCGCCCGUGCCGGACUCAUAGAAGAAGCUCUGAAUCUUGUUUCAAACAUGCCCAUGAAGCCUGAUGUUGUUAUUUGGAGAAGUCUUCUUGAUGCUUGUUGCAAGAAAAAUGCCAGCAUUGAGCUUAGUGAGGAAGUGGCCAACCAUGUUCUUGAGUCAGAAGGAGGAAUCUGCAGUGGUGUGUAUGUGCUCUUGUCAAGAGUCUAUGCCUCUGCUAACCGUUGGGAUGAGGUUGGGUUGAUCAGGAAAUUAAUGAGUGACAAUGGCAUAACUAAAGAACCUGGGUGCAGUUCAGUACAUGUAGAUGGUGAGGUUCACCAAUUUCUGGCUGGGGACACAUCACACUCCCAUAGCAAAGAGAUCUACCAAGUUUUAGAUGUGAUUGAACGGACUCUUGAAUCAGUGGGUUACGUACCUGACAUAUCACAGGCGCCUAUGGUUGAUGAAAUUGAAGAUGGGAAGCAAAAUUCGCUUCGCCUACACAGUGAGAGACUUGCUAUUGCUUUUGGGCUUCUCAAGUCAACACCAGGAGUGCCAAUUCGCAUAUUUAAAAACCUACGGGUCUGCAAUGAUUGUCACAGGGUAACUAAACUGAUCUCAAGAGUAUUUAACGUGGAGAUUGUUGUCAGAGACCGUGUUCGAUUCCAUCAUUUCAAAGAUGGUUCAUGCUCUUGCAUGGAUUAUUGGUGAU